AUUAUCAAAUUAAUUAACUUGGCAGCACUUUUUCUAAUAUUUUUUUCUUAUUUGUUUACAUCCUCUUUAUUCAUUUUUCUUUACAUUCCAAAAUAAAUUAAAAUUACACAUCAUUUUAUCUCAGGAUUUAUACCGGAAAUAUAUCAAGACGAAAUACAUAUAUUUAUUAAUAUAUUAAUGUUAGCAACUUUUUCAAACUGCCAAUGCCUCCAGUCAAAAUGGAUUUCGAUUUAACAGAUAGGGGUUGGGUAGAUUUAUAUGUGAAAAAGUGUGAAAAUAUUAUGAAGGAAUUUACAAAUUAUGUCUAUGCAUUACAAAAUCACUGCAUAAAAGAACGCAGCCGAUGUGAACAAUUGGACAGAAAUUACAAGCGCUUACAGACGAAAUUAUCUGAAAACAAACAACAACAGAUACUAGAAAAUGAACAAAAUGAUGUUUUAUCCAUACCACACGACCGCAAUAUAAAUAAAAAUAUACUGGCCACUACCCCGUUUGAUGCUGACGCAAAUCGAUCCACAAUAAGUGAUUGUUCGCCGGCUUUUCUGGAUAUGGCAAUGGAUAGUGAACAAUUACAAAUGGAAACAACUGCCGCACUAAGCCCAGCACAACAUAGACUAGACACAGUGCUCUCGUCAGAGCAAUUAACGAGCCCUAGCCGGCAUUCGUCAGUAAUAGAUAGUAUUUUUCAACAUAACACAUCUCCGAGUUGUAAACUAAAGAACCAUAAUGAAAACAAAAGUGCUCUUGGCUUCUUAAAGGCUCGUGGUCGUGUUGGUAAAGUUUUGUACGAUGAUUUCAAAGAACCCAAACUACGUGAACAAAAUUAUCCCACAAAUGAAGAUUGUGGUAGUCAAUGGAACGAAAAAGGUAAGCUGCAAGCAAAACGCUCGGAUUGGCUCGGAAAGAACACGAAAAGUGGGGAGCGCAGAGCUGGUGUUAAACGAACCGCUUCCAUCACUAGUUUAGAUGAAAUACAGCGAAAGCGUAGCUUAAUGUCCUUGAACAAAAGUAGCGAACGUAAAUUAAAGCAAUCAAGCCUAACGCAAAUGGUAGCACUGAAAAACAAUGACACACGAAAAGACAAUAAUUCUCCUUCACCAAAAGUUGUAGAUGAUGCACAAAAAUUAUCAUUUUCGCCUACAACACCAAUCACUUCCUAUACUUCGAAAAAAUUGAGUUUUCCAACACUACCUAGCGAUACCGACGAUAUUUUCCACUUUAGCAGUGACGACGAUGAUGAUGAUGAUCAGAAUAUGAAAUCACUUAAAGAUAAAAAUACUAUGCAACAAAAUAUUAAAAAAUGUAAUGAUACAACAUUUUUGCAACCGUUACGCCACGAAACCGAAAAAACGGAAAGUGUUUUGGUUAUAACACCAACAGCACCACCAAUAAUUUGCUUAGAUGAGUCGGAUGAUAAUGAACAACCGACAGAUACUAGAAUUCCCGACAAAACAACAGACCGAAUAGCAAAAAAGGUGAAUACUGUUAAACAGGAAAAGUCAAAUACAGAGAAACUACCAACGAGCUUAGCUGCGGCGAUGAUAGCUGAAUGGGAUGAGGAACCGGAAGAUGGAAAACCAUAUAUGAAUACUUCAAACUCAAAUGCCCAAUACGCCACACCGACGACAGACAUAAAACCACGCAUUUCACAAUUACCUGGUGCGAAAAUUUCCAUCAAAGAAUGCUUUAACUUCGACUGUGAUGAUUGUCAAAAAUAUAUCGACUUUAUGGGCAGCAAUAUGAGUAUAGCUGAAAUCGAGGCGCAUUUGCAUCGCUGUACGCGCCAUCGCGCACCGAAGGAUUGCAUACCAGUGACCCCACCAGAUUACUGGAAUCCGUUGAUGCCAUCGUUUUCCGAAAGUGAUCCACGUAACAAAACACUGCUAGAGGAUCCGUGUCUGCAACGGAAACGUGGUAGCAAACAAUCAUAGUUGGGAAAUAAUAACUCGAUGUAGUCUUAAUUUAAGUUUUUUUUUAUUAUUGUAAUGGCUUAGAAUAAAUGCUUUACUAAAUUUGUAUUUA